AUGGUGGAGACGACGGCUCUAUUUCAGCCACCACCGCCAUACAAAGAUGAAUACGAUAUUACCUAUAUGCAUGGCAUUGCCCCGCUCACGCACUGUGUGCCUCACACGAACCCGUUGGAUGAAAACGCGGUAUCACAUUUGGCCCUAACUGAUCAACAUCGUCAACAUAUGCGACGCCUAUACGACUUAAUGCAGCUCAUGCUUCUUCGGCAGAACCGGCAAUUAGCAGAACGCUGCUUCUCGCUUCUUUUGAGGUCACAGGAUUGGCGUCCGCAGGAACUAUGGAAAUUAGGACUUCAAGUUGCUUGCAUGGGUCAGGAGCGAGACACCGCGCUUCGAUAUCUCUUACGAGUUUCUCGCACCCGCACGACUUUGCGUCCAUACACGAUAGUCUUCUUGAUUCGCGAGUUGAUUCUUGCUGGUCAAUAUCAGCGAGCGCAUGAGGAACUUACGAGCAUUAUUGGUGCAUAUCCAUAUCGACACCAGCCCCAGCUACACACAUAUCUUGGUCUGCUUACGUUGUACCUGGGCAACGUUGACGAGGCUGAGUGCAGUGACAGCGAUUCCAGCAGUUCUAUACCUCACGUUCCUAUGCGGCUAGCCAAACAGGUUCCGCAUUAUGUGCAGCGAUCUGCGAGACUGCACUUCGAGAAUGCUAUCAAAGUGGCUCCUCGCUACAUGGCAAAGCAAACAGCGAUAUGCAAGCAUCGAUUAAGGCAGCAAAACAUUCGACUCAACCGUCUACGGCAACAAGCCAAGCAGCAUCAUCAGCGCCUAUGUAAAAAAAUGCGUCAAUAUGGAUGGGUUUUUCAGGAUGACGCGUCGGAAAACCCAAGCGUGCAAGGCUUAUCUACCCAGGAUAUCAUUUCUCAAGAAGAAGAGGUAGGGACUGAUAAUACUGCGUCAAAUGUAUUUGCAUCGAACACGGAAAUGAGAACGACAUUGCCUAUGAGCGACUACUUCGGCCUCGACUCUGAUCAGCAUUUCCAAUCUGACGAAUCAGAUGAAGAUGACCCAUCGCAUCUAAAUGCAAUUCGAGAAGCUUCAGAGGGCCCUUCCCUGCCACAAGGCAUUGGAGAUACACGAGAUGCAACGCCGCCCGUAAUGUCGUCCGAGUCAGAAACAGAGCACUCGAGUCCUACGGCCGCCGAAACGCACGACUCACUGAAUCUUGCGCUUCCGGUCGUCCAAUGGUCAGUCCACGUGGCUCGCACGUACUUGUCUAUGGUUCGUAUGCUCUAUUAA